CCAGGCGGGGCUUGGGCGGAAUGAGGGGGCGGGCUCCGAGGCGGGCUAGACGCCUGGGCUGGAUGAAGUCCUGGUCCGGUUGUGGUGGGAGGAGGCGGUGAUAGAGGUGGUGGGGCUAAGCGCGGGGGCGGGGCUGGAGCGAUGAGGGGGCGGGGCUAGCGCCUCCGCGGGCUGGUGGUUAGGAGGAGGCUGGAGGGGGUGAGCCUAAGGAUGCAGAGGCGGCCGCUCGCGCGGGGGCGUGACCAUGCCUGGCGGGGGUGGGGCCGGAGGUGGGCGAUUUAGAGCGCGGGGCGGUCCUGCGGGGCGGGGGCGGGGCCUGUGCGGGCCGCGGCGCGGGGCCGACUGGGCUGCGGGGAUGCGGGGCACCAGCUGCGUGGGCGGCGGUGGCGAGAGCCCCGGUGGCGCGGGGCUGAGUGAGGGCCCGCGGGGACGCUGGCUGCGCCUGGCCCCGGUCUGCGCCUACUUCCUCUGCGUCUCGCUGGCCGCCGUCCUGCUCGCCGUGUACUACGGUCUCAUCUGGGUGCCCACGCGGUCCCCCGCGGCGCCCGCCGGCCCACAGCCCAGCGCGCCGUCCCCUCCGUGUGCCAACCGCCCGGGCGCGCCGCCUGUCCCGGCGCCCGCCGCUGCCUCCGUCUCCUGCCUCCUGGGAGUCCCCGGCGGCCCGCGACCCCAACUCCAGCUGCAGCUGAGCCGCCGCCGACGCCGCCGCUACAGCAACCCUGGCCGCCGCCCGAGCCACGAGACACCCAGAGAGACGCCGGAGGCCGCGGAGGGGCGAGGACCCGGGUAACCAUCCCUUCCACCUAAACUAGGAUCGCCAGUCCUCGAGAGCUCUGUGCUCCACACCGCGGAUGCGCCGGGGAUCCUUCCUAAUGACAUCGCCCAGCGUCUCCGGAGUCGUCAUCCUGAGGAAUGGGGGCCCAGGGGGUGCCGGCUCGGGGCCUUGCUUCUUGCAGCUACUCUGUGGUCAGGCCGGAUCCUCCACCAUCAGGAAGACCCCAUCCUGACCUCUGUCACCUGCCCCUCCCCCUGUGGGAUGCUGAGCACAGAACCCACAGCCCAUCUGCCUCCUCACCUCCCUGAAUCCGUGUCCAUCUGCAAUAAACCACAGCCCCAGCUGCCUCGUGCUGUGUC